GUUUGAUAGCCGUCCGCCAAUCGCGUAACAAGACGAAAGGCGGAGGAGGCUACGCUAAUUUCUAUUGGCUGAGAGUUUACGCUGCUCGUUCAUUGGUCGUCAUGGGCGGGGCGAUGACUUGUUCUGCCUCCCUAUUGGUCUCCUUGCGUUAGGACUCCACGAGGUGCCAGGCAGGUUCUUUCGUCUUCGUCGCCUUCUUCGGGGUAGCAGAAGGUGUUUUUGGACGGCGUGAAGGUGUUAAGGUGUUGGUUAUCUGCUUCAGGAGAACUCAAGAACACCAGAAGGAGUACCUGGAGGAGUACCAAUGGCCGAGAUGACAAGAGAGGGCAGCGGGAGGGAGAGAAAUCGGAGGCACAUCGUGAGAAAGACUACCUGCCAACCCAAUGUUCCUCCGGUCCAGGCAGCAUCCUUCCAGCCCCUCGCCCCCCCUGUCCCUCCUUCCCCCAGCCCCGACGAAGGUGUCCCCAUCACCUCGCCGCUGUCUUGGCCCCAUAGACUCCCGGAACGCCCGCCUGGGGAGACCGAUAGAGAGGACACAGAUUCACUUCGCCGCCGACACUCCGACGCGCCGCCAAAGGGACACGACACCGCGACUCCUGACGGCGACUCCGAAGGGGACGAGAGACCACAUCCCUAGGGCGUCCUCAUGGCACUGCUCUCCUCCUCCUCGGGGAAGUGUGGGGGCACCGGGGGAGGGUCGCCGCCCCCCGUUCGUGUCCUCGGAGGCGGCGCUGGUGGUGGUAGCGGGAGCGCCGACCCCCUGCUGCCGCCUACCCUGUACUGCCCUGUCCUCCCCCCCUGGCACCUCGCCCUGCUCACCCACCACGCCCUUCAUGCCCGAGGACUGUCAUCUGCGGCCGCGGGGGGCUACCUUCCCCUUCCCCCCAUUCUGGCCUCCAUGCCCCACCCCCAGGGCUUCCCGCUCCCCAGAGUCUCACAGGGUCUCCCCACCACUGGUCUUCCACAGAGCCCCGUGGUCAGCCUCGCCUCGGGGCUGCACAGACGUGACCUCACCAGCACCUCCCCCGCCAAGCACGGCCUCACCUCCACGCCGCCACUGCUCCCCACCACCCCCACCGCCACCCCAACUUCACGACGACUCGCCCAGCCCCCACGACGCAGCUUCACCAUCGCUGACCUGCUGGGGGGCGGCGACGACCUGCACGACGACUCCCGGGCCGCCUCCUCCUCCUCGUCACCCCCUGCAGGAGGCCACGACCCCUCGCUGAUGCAGGAGGGCGUGGGGGGACUGUUCGACGACCUCCACGACCACUCGUCAGCGCUACACCCUCAGGAGGACUUCACCGCCGUGUCUGACCCCGGGAGUCGCUUCGAGUGGCUCCAGUGCACCCGCUACCACCCCCCGAAGCUGCCGCGCGUGAAGCGGCGGGAGGGAGGGCAGAAGAGGAAGCUUGGAAGGAACCCUCGCGUGCCCUUCUCCUCGACCCAACUGGCGGCCCUCGAGACUCGCUUCAGGCAGUCCCAGUACCUCUCCUCCUGCGACGUGGCCGACCUCUCCGCCCUCCUCAACCUUACCGAGACCCGGGUGAGUAUUGACGCUUCUCCUGGUUCCUGCUUCCUCGUCGCUUGGCCUGUUUUCUGUUUCUUCUUGCUGUUUUGUUGCUGUUUUUUCGUAUGUGUGUCUGUGUAUCUAUGGCUCUUAUUUGACGAGUAUUCUCAAAGUGCCACAUAAGAAUACAGAGA